AAUACAUAACAAUAAAGAGGAAAAGUUCAAUCAUAUGAUUGCACUUGAUUUUUCAUUUUUUCGAUAUGAGGCAUCUGAAAAAAUAUUUAUCCUGACGAUUUAUCAGUUGAAAUGGGGCAUUAUAGAACGCAUUUUUUCGCCUACACAAAGGAAUGCAGAUAAAAUAUAAUCUAAUAGGGUUAUUAAACUCAUUUCAAACAGGCAUUCUCGGUAAAAUGUUGGAACUAGGUUUUACGCGAAGUUUUUUGUGCUUGCUAUUUUUUUUGGCCCAUAUCGAGUGCAAAAUUCCCUUUUUUCUUAGGAUAAAUUAUUGUAGUACGCCGCAAUGUAAACAAAUAGGCAGAUCGAUCACCCGCUAUUUAAACCAAUCCAUAGAUCCUUGUGAGAAUUUCUACAGAUUUUCUUGCGAUGGUUGGGCCUCAAACACAAAAAAACCGGACUCUGAACCAGUUUGGAGCCAUUGGCAAAUACUGUCAUCCAAAAUAAACGACAGGGUGGAAAGAAUACUGAACAGUGAAGCCAAAAAUGGGAAUAUAGGUUUGAUGAAGGCAGCAAAGUUUUAUAACGCAUGUUUAGAUAUAAAUUCGAGGGAAGAUAAAUAUCUCCACGAUUUGAGACUCUUGGUGAAAGACCUCAGAGGUUGGCCCAUUGCCCAUGAUGAAGUGAACUUGAAGGAUUACAACUGGUUUAGGGAUAUCCUGAAAAUAACAAGGCUUUUAGGGGCCCAUCCUAUAUUCAAAGUUAGCGUCAAUAUCGAUUACAAAAAUACAUCUCUAUAUACUUUAUACAUAGAACCAGGAAAUCUCAUCUAUCCAACAUACAUUUUGAAAGAACCGAAAAAACAUCCUACAGAAAUGAAAGCCUACAAGUUCUGGAUACUCCAAACGAUAAGAUACUUGUAUGGCAACAUAACAAAUAGGAAUGUAAAAUUGGAUGUAUCGAGAAUAAUAUAUUUCGAAACAAAACUGGCUGAAUUACUUGAGAGAUCGAAAAAUGAGAGAAUUACUUUCGACAGCUUGAAUCAGAAAUUUCCUUUCAAUUGGCAGAGUGCGUUAAAAUUAUGGGUUUUGGAUAAAGGGAUGAAAUUUGAGAAAAACGACACUUUGGUUAUAAAGAAUUAUUCGUAUUUCGUGAAUGUUUUCAAUUUUCUACAGAGGAUAGAUCCGAUAUUGAUCGCUAAUUACUUGAUGUGGUAUACUGUCAAAGAUUUAUCCAGAGACACUGGAUCUAAAAUGCGGGAAUUGAAUUUCUUGGUAGAUAGGUCGGUUCUAGGAGUAACAUCGGACAUUGAACCAAAAAAUGAGUGCUUGAAUGGUGUCAUCAAGUAUUUUCAAAAUGCUUUAUUGCCGACGUAUUUAGAAAAACACUCAACAGAGAAAAUGUUUCAACGUGUUCAAACUAUGGUGGACAACAUCAAAUCAGAAUAUAUAAAAUUAAUAAAGAAAAGCCAUUGGCUAAACGAACAAACUAGAUAUUUGGCGAUAGAAAAGAUAAAAUACAUGAAAGAAUAUAUUGGUUACCCUAACUGGGCGAAGAAUUCAACAAAAAUCAAUGAAUUUUAUGAGAAAGUCAAUGUAACUACUAAUCAUUUUCGUAAUGUGGUUAACAUGAAAAACUUUUUAGAAGAGAAAAUUUUGUUGAAAUAUAAAACAAACUUGACUGAACCAAUUUGGCCCUCUGGAUCCUUCGAGAUUAAUGCAUUUUAUAGCAUACUCCAAAAUGCCAUUUUUAUACCUAUAGGAAUACUACAACCGCCGUUUUUCAAUCCUAACGUACCAGAAGCUUUAAACUAUGGAGCUUUAGGCAGCUUGAUUGGACAUGAAAUAUCACAUGCACUGGAUAUAUCCGGCAGACAAGCAAACAAACAUGGAAUUAUAGGAAAAUGGUGGAUAGAAGACGAUAUACAGAGAUAUGAGAAACAAGUAGAAUGUUACGAGAAUUUAUAUGAUUCCCUCAAUGUUAAUGGUCGUUCAACAAUUGGAGAGAAUAUUGCUGAUAAUAUUGGCAUAGAAAUCAGUUUUUUGGCAUUCAAAAAGCUGAAAAAUCAAAAAGUUAUUACAUUGAUUCCACAUUUAGAAACUUUUUCUAAAGAACAGCUUUUUUAUCUAGCUUACUCACAGAUGUGGUGUGAAACUCAAGAAAAAAAUGAGAUGUUCCUUACUGAUGAGCAUGCGCCAGCAGAAAGCAGAGUAUUGGGAACAUUGAAUAAUGAAAACUUCAAUAAACAUUUUCACUGUGAUACUGUAAAUAAAACAUAUUGUAAAUUAUGGUAGAUUAAAAUAAAUUUUGUACCUUU